AUUAUUACCACCCCGAGGAGUUCACCUGCUGCCAGUGCAGGAAGGUGCUGGAUGAGGGCGGCUUCUUCGAGGAGAAAGGCUCCAUCUUCUGCCCCAAGUGCUACGACACGCGCUACGCACCCAGCUGUGCCAAGUGCAAGAAGAAGAUCACUGGGGAGGUCAUGCACGCACUGAAGAUGACCUGGCACGUGCAGUGCUUCACCUGCGCUGCCUGCAAAACUCCCAUCCGCAACCGGGCCUUCUACAUGGAGGAGGGACAGCCCUACUGCGAGAGAGACUAUGAGAAGAUGUUUGGCACCAAGUGCCGCGGCUGUGACUUCAAGAUUGAUGCUGGGGACCGGUUCCUGGAGGCGCUGGGGUUCAGCUGGCACGACACUUGCUUCGUCUGUGCGAUCUGCCAGACCAACCUGGAAGGGAAGACGUUCUACUCCAAGAAGGACAAGCCGCUCUGCAAGAGCCACGCUUUCUCCCAUGUGUGAGGGGCGGGAGU